GUGAUGCAUGCUGGACAUUGUGGUCCGAUUGCCUCGACGAUACCCGGAGGUUAGCGCUGUUUCUGCGGGAAAUAAAACUAUAUCCCCCAGAGCGCAACGCGCAGAAGGGCGGUUGACGUGGUGGGGUCAUGUGACUGUCCUCCAGCAUUUGGCGGACGAGUGGCGGCACGGAAGGUGACCCUGGAGCAGUAAAAUGGCAGAGCCUAUUAAAGUUCUUGUGACUGGUGCUGCUGGUCAGAUUGCCUAUUCACUUAUCUACAACAUUGCAAAGGGGGAUGUUUUCGGAAAUGAUCAGCCCCUCAUCCUCGUGCUACUUGAUAUUGCACCAAUGAUGUCUGUGCUGGAUGGUGUUGUGAUGGAAAUCCAGGAUUGUGCUCUUCCACUGGUCCAUGGGGUCAUUGCAACUGACAAAGAAGAUGAAGCUUUCAAGGACAUUGAUGUGGCAAUUCUGGUGGGCUCUAUGCCAAGACGGGAGGGCAUGGAACGGAAGGACCUGCUCCAAGCUAAUGCCAAGAUAUUCAAAACCCAGGGAUACGCAUUGGACAAACUUGCCAAGAAGUCAGUCAAGGUUCUUGUUGUGGGCAACCCAGCCAAUACCAAUUGUCUGACUGCAAUCAAGUGUGCCCCAUCAAUUCCGAAAGAGAACUUCUCUUGCCUGACUCGCUUGGAUCAUAACCGAGCAAAAGCUCAGAUUGCAUUCAAAUUGGGAGUGCCAUCUGGUGAUGUGAAGAAUGUUAUCAUCUGGGGCAAUCAUUCUUCAACUCAAUAUCCAGAUGUUACUCAUGCUACUGUCAAAGUUAAAGGAAAGGAAAUGAGUGUCUAUGACGCUAUUGAGGAUGAUAACUGGCUGAAGGGUGACUUUAUUGCAACUGUUCAGCAGCGUGGUGCUGCCGUGAUUAAGGCACGGAAACUCUCUAGUGCAAUGUCAGCUGCUAAGGCCAUUUCUGAUCAUAUGAGGACCCUCUGGUUUGGUACUCCUGAGAAUGAAUGGGUAUCCAUGGGAGUGAUUUCUGAUGGGAACCCAUAUAAUAUUCCCAAUGACUUGGUUUAUUCGUUCCCAGUGCAAAUCAAGAAUAAAACUUGGAAUAUUGUGCCAUGUCUGAAAAUCAAUGACUUCUCCUGUGAAAAGAUGAAAGUUACUGCCAAAGAGCUGCUUCAGGAGAAAGAAACAGCCUCUGAGUUUCUCUCCAGUGUUUGAAGAUUAUCUAACCUAGAUACUAUAAUUACUGUUGUGUAUGUUCAGUGUUUGUGGUAAAAUGAAUCAAUCUAUUUUGACUCUGUUAUCUACAUAAAAAUCUUGCAUCAGGAAAUUUGUGCUGCAUUGUCAUGGUUAAUAUUCAGUGGGUCUGCAUUAUUGCCCUAGGUAGGAAAGAUAGAAACAUAAUAAAAUACAUGCCAGUAA